CCUUAACCCCACCACCCCACCAUGUUUCGCGAAUUUACAUCUUCUGUGUCACGCAUUUGGCACAAUGGACGUCUACCGCACGUUGGCCGCAAUUCUGGUAUCGAAUCAGUCUCCGUCCUCGUCGCCGACCUCCUUGAUCAUUUCGCAACUCUCCUCCCCGUCUACCUCGAGCGAACAGAAAGCCGGGCUUUCGCGCAUUCUCGCCGAACUCCUGCGCGCCACUCCCGACGCGGCCGCAAAGAAUGUUCUCCAAGAUUACGUUCGGUCGCUGAUACUGUCGGCGGACUUGAACGAUGGUUCCAAAGACUUUGAGCUGGCGAUGGAAUUGGCCAACGAUGACCUGCUUCCAGGAUUGCUGGAUGUGACGUUGACGACUACAGGCAGGCUGUUGAAGGAACAGAGCAACGCGAACGUGAGCAGCGACGAAGGGUUUGCUGUCGACUUCAGCGGGUUCUUCGAGACCCAUCUGUCCGGCUCGCGAAGUGAUAUCCCAUUGGCAUUGGAGGAGGUGCAGGACUUGAAGAAGAGUGUGACCCGGCUGCUACGAUUCUGGCACUUCGUCUUCCUGAAGAAGGAUUGGCUCCGGGCAGCUCAUCCGAUGGUAUCUCCCUCGCUCGUCGGGGAAAUGUUGCCAGUGCACCUGCUAGGCCUCAUGGCGCUGCGGGAUCUGGGUAUUGCAAUGGCCGCCAGCAAUGCUUUGUGCCAGCUCUUGAAUGAUUUCCCCACGUCUGUGCAGCCUUUCCAGCUGCUAUGGGACGGACUCAGUAGACUUGUGGCUGCCGAAAUUCACGUCGAUCUGGCUUUGGCCGUGUGGCUGCGCUGGGCUGCGGCCUCCGGCGAAGGUGUACGUCCAAGCCAGGGAAUACUGGGAAACGAUAGUUACUGGACCCUCAUACAGAAAUGCCUGGCCACCGGUUUCUCCGAGCGCAGGAAAUACAGUCUCCACCUUCUAAUGAAGUCCAUAUCAUCGACACUAGAGCCUGUGGACACCAGAACUUUCACAUUUGACCCCAAGCACCAGAGACCUAUCACCGCAUCGUGGAACAAGUACACGACGCUUAUCGAAAUCGUUUCGCUAUCCACCUCUCCCAACCAGCUCCGCGACGCAACACCGGAUCUAAAGCGUCUACUCGAUGGAUCCUCGCACAUCCCAGCGUCAUGGAUGGUAGUCCUCGUCACCCUCGGUUUCCAGUCUGGCAGCGGCGGUGUAUCCCGCGGCUUCUGGGACAUCAUGAUAUCCCUUGAGCCAAAGCGACUAGGUCGAUUAUUCGGUGGACCCGAGGGCCGGAAACUUCUACAGGACGUAUUGUUCCCCUAUGCCGCAUACGCGGCAAACUUCGUCAUCGGCCGUUCAACACCGGAGAAGUGUGAGCACGGCACGCAGCUUGCGGAAUGGUUGGGAAGAGUCGUGGACGCUGUGGAAUCGAAGCAGGACAUUGCCCGGGCUAUCCUCGUGUGGAUCGAUGAGCGAGAAGAUAAUCUGUUUGCGCCGGCUAGGGCGUGGAUUUUGAAAGGGCUUUUGGAAGGAGUGGGUGCGGAAAGAGUCUUUGGGACUGAAGACCUGAGAUUGCUGGUUAGGAUCGCGAAGAUGCAGAGGUUUACGAAGUUGAAGGUCGAUGUGUGCCUGGCCGCUGUACUCAGGCUGCUGCUAGCGGUGGAUAUCGAUAAAGUUGGGUUUGCGGAAUUUUGGACUGCUCUGGCGGAGGUUGUGUCCAAGAAGGAAUAUCUUCUCUCCGAGGACUAUCUGUCCACGGUUCAGAAACGGGUUGAAAAGUCUCUACUGGACUCACAGCAACUCGACAAUGUCGAACGAUUAGCAUUCGGACAGGAAGGUUCGCCGUCGAGGAUUGAGCUUUUACAAGGAGCAUUUACAGUGUAUUGUCUGGGCUGCCGGAGCGUGGAGCAACUCGAAUCCCCAGACGCCUGGAUCCAGCGUUUUCAGUUGAAGAUUAAGACAGAGCAGCCAAGGCUAAGCUUCUGGACUAUCCUCCUGAGCAAUCGUCAACUUUUUGGCUGUGUCAACAGGCUUUUCGACAUUGGGAGUAUCCUUUCUCACAUUUUCGAAAACCAUCACACUCCAUCCGAGAGUGACAUGGAUAUUGCCUCCCUUUUGGAGCAGUGGCCGGUAGAAGCGCAAGAAAGCGCCACUUCGUUGGCAGCAAUCUUCUCCUUUCGCUGGCGUUCGCUGCAGGAAUCGAAGGGCGACAAGUAUGAGCAGAAUACAGAGCAAAAGAGGACCCACUGGGCUCUGAUAUGUGCCAAUUCUAUCAGACUCAUGAGUGGGACUUCUUUUGCGCAGCCAAGUGUGGACGAUGUUGUGGAUUUGAUCGACGCCUUUCCUAUCCCUCCCUUAGGCCGGAAUAAGCAUGAUAACGUUGAGAUGAUAGCAACUGUGGGCAAGUUCAUCGGUGCGAUGUUCCGCAUUCUUGAACACAGUAUCAGCACUUCGGAAGAGCUCAAUGUAUCCACGAUUUGCAAAACACUGGGCACAUUCCCCCGGUUGCUAAGGUUCCUCGAGAACGAGUCACUCAUCCAUGCCCUUGAUGUCAUCCGGACGAUUGCCACAAAGUUCCCUCAGCAGCUGCUUGAAUCUCAACAAACCAAGGCUGUGGAGCUAGAUUCGCUGAUAUCGCAGCUCUGGGAGACGGCCGAUGCCGCCACGCUGCGCUCUGGUUUCACCAGAGUCUAUCUUGGCUUCAUUCAGACCAUAUUCCACCCUGUCAUUCUCCGGAAUGCAGUGGAGAACGUGGAUCUGAGGGGAACUUUGACUAUCGUUGCCGCGGACAUCAUGAGACUUGGCCACGGAAAACGUUCCAUCCGUCCAGCAAUCGCCAAUGUAAUCCGCAAGGCAUUUAUGCACACGCCUGAAUCCCCCCGGAUCAUCGGCCAAUCCCCAUGGCUAAUUGAUAUCGUCAUCGAGCUGGUCAACUACCAGCAAAACGACUGUGACAAAGACUUCACUGUGGAGCAUCCCCUCAGUAUCCUCUUUGACGAUGUUGCGCCAGGAACCGAUCACUACACCGAGUACUACGGUGACCGUGAGAUUUACUCCCAAGUGUACAUGUUUGACAUGCUCUCGAGAAUGGAUGAAACGGAUAGGGUUCAGGUUGAAUUCGUUAAGGCGCUCAGGGAGAAGUUGUUUUCCCCGUGGACGGAGAACUUCGCGGGCAUGUCAAUUUGGACUGCUUGGAAGAAGCAUACCCAAUUGCAGACGCUGAUCCUCCUGGAACGAUUCGUGGAGAAAGAGGAUGCCGAGGAGUUCCUGGAUCGGGCCAUCAAUAAGGCAUUGUGUCAUGAACGCCAUCCUCGAUACAGAUUUCUCUUUGAAUGGAUCAUAUCGCUGUGCAUCCUUAGGUUUCUUGAGCACCGGAACUGCUUAUGGAAACAUCUUCAAUUUCCUGAAGACCAAAACCCCAAACUCCAGGUGUCUCUCCUACGAGUGGCACUGAUGGUGGCACGGGGGCUCCCGGAAGGCAUGAAGGAGGAAUACUUCACCGAGCUGGUGCACACCGCUAUCCCACUUACAAGCAACACCAAAGUCGUGGUCCGGCACCAGGCCAUCGCCAUGACCCUCGAGUUCUGGGAAGAUGCAGAGCGCUUCGGAUUCACCGAGCUCAUAUCCAACCCGCUCUUCCAGCGUGUCCACAAGGCAGUCACAAACUCGGCCUACUAUAAGGAGUUUCAAAACGCCAAGGACUACCGUACCUUCGACGGUGUAGAAAACCUCACGCUCGCAGGUAUCUUCUCCGGCAGCUAUCUUAAGGGCGGUGACGAAGUCGAAGUUAUCCCCGCCGAUUCCUUCCUUGGGCUCGACGGCGAAGAAUUUAAAGAUUCAAGCAGAACCCGUCAUACUCCCGUAGGCGUCGAAGCACAAGACAACACCCCACCGCCAACCGGUGGACGCCCACAGCACUCCGGAAAAGUAAAAUACCACCCCCAAGACUCCGAAGUCCUCGUUGCUGCCUCCACCGCCCCGAUCCAAACCAAAGCCUCAGACCCCUCGUCCACCGCACUCACUGCCGUCGGCACCGAGGACAGGGACCUAAUACUCGUUGCCUCCCUACUGGACAACAACUUCAAUCUCGGCGGAGUCUCGCGCGUCUCCGAGAUCAUGGGCGUGCACACACUAACCUUCAAUUCCCUGUCAUCGACCAAGACGUCGGAAUUCACCAGCGUCUCAGUGCACUCCGAGAGCUGGCUCGACCUCGUCGAAGUCCCCAUUCCCGAGAUCGCCGCUUACCUCCGAGAGAAGCGCGCGGCAGGGUACACCGCCGUGGGUGUAGAACAGACGGACCGCAGUGUCAUCCUGGGGAAGGAUGAGUGUAGGUUUCCGAAGAAAACGGUGUUGCUGCUGGGGACGGAGAAGUUCGGUAUUCCAGCGGAGCUGUUGGGUGAGCUGGAUUGGUGCGUGGAGAUCCCGCAGAAGGGAAGGACCAGGAGCAUGAACGUCCAGACAGCCGCGGCUGUGGUGCUGUAUGAGGCCUGUCGACAGGAGGGGGCGGAGAAGUGAAGUGAUUGCAAGGGAAAAGUUUUGUUUUGGGAAGGAUAUAAAAGGAUCACGUACUAGAGGAUACAUUUGUUUUUUUCUACUUCACUAUGGCUAUGCUGCCAUUCUCGCUUGUGUUUGCAAAGUCCAAAC